AUAUCAGUUUGUUACAGACAUGGGGAAAGGGUUCUUCAUCAGCAAGACUUUGGGGAUAGUUGGUGUGAUCGUGGGGACUGGAGUGGUGGCCACCAUCAUCGCCCUGUCAGUGGUCUAUAGCCAGGAGAAGGACAAGAUCCAGGAGGCAGUGAUGCCCCCCACUACUCCCUCCACUCCUAAAGACCCCUGGGAAAACUACAGACUGCCUGACUCGCUGUCUCCCGUCUCCUACAACAUCACCCUCUGGCCUCGACUGGUUGUCAACGCCUCUACUGGCCUCUACAUCUUCACAGGACAGUCAGCUGUGGUGUUCCAGUGUGAGAAGGACACCGAUGUGAUCGUCAUCCACUGUAACAAGCUGAACCUGACUCUGCUCAGCCUGAUUAGCCGGGAUGGAGCUACUGCUCCCACCAUAAAGAGAAGCUGGCUGGAGGUUCCUACUCAGUUCCUAGUGAUCCAGCUGAAUAGUAAUCUGAUGGCGGGGAGACAGUAUGAGCUGUACACAGAGUUUAUAGGAGAACUGGCUGAUGACCUGGGAGGCUUCUACAGGAGUGAAUAUACAGAGGGGACCAGUCCCCCGGUGAAAAAGGUUGUAGCCACCACUCAGAUGCAGCCUGUGGACGCCAGGAAAGCCUUCCCCUGCUUCGAUGAACCUGCCAUGAAGGCCGUGUUCCACAUGACCCUCCUCCACGCACAUGGAACAGUGGCUCUGGCCAAUGGCAUGAAUCUAGCCUCAGUCAAUGUCUCUGUCAGCGGCCAGGAUGUUACUCGGACCAGCUUCGAACCCACACCGCUCAUGUCAACCUAUCUACUCGCCUUUGUCGUCAGUGAGUUCGGUUUCAUCCAGUCACCAGAAGGGGAAAAAGUUUUGAUCAGGAUUUGGGCUCGUAAACAGGCCAUUGCUGAGGGCCAGGGAAAUUACGCCCUCGAAAAAACUGGACCAAUCCUGGAGUUCUUUGAAAACUACUACAUUUCCAGCUAUCCUCUGACCAAAUCAGACCAGAUAGCUCUGCCUGACUUCAGUGCUGGAGCCAUGGAGAACUGGGGUCUGAUCACCUACAGAGAGACAGCCCUGCUCUUUAACCCUGCCAGCUCGUCCAAUGGAGACAAAGAGUGGAUCGCUACAGUCAUCUCUCAUGAACUGGCUCACAUG